AUGGCAGGGACAAACGUCUUUCAGGGCUCUUCAUGGGCUGGCAUUCUUCGUGAUGCGGUCCAGAUCAUCCCAGGCCGUUUUUUUUUCUUGUCUGUAACCGGCACUCCUUGGGAUACCCAGUCCAUACACUUCUUCUCCACAGACCACACGUUCCAGUAUGAGCCAUUCUUCGCAGACUUCGGGCCACUUAGUCUCAGUUGCAUUUACAAAUACGCAAAACUUCUUGAAUCCAAGCUCAAGGAAGCAGAGGAGCGGCAAAAGAUUUUGAUACACUAUUCGUCCAUUCAUCCUGAGAGGCGAGCAAAUGCUGCUCUUUUGAUCGGGGCAGCUCAGAUGCUUCUCUUCGGAGUGACGGCUCAGGAGGCAUACAGGCCUUUCCUUAAUAUUUCACCGCGCUUCGUUCCUUUCCGGGAUGCAACAUGCGGACCAUGUAGUUUCAAGUUGACAAUUUUGGAUUGCCUGAAGGGUCUGGAGUUUGCCAUGAAACUAGGAUGGUUCGACUACAAGACAUUCAAUGUUGACGAGUACGACUACUACGAGAAGUUGAAAAACGGAGAUAUGAACUGGAUUAUCCCAAACCGUAUUCUGGCCUUCUCUUGUCCGUCCAGCGCCACAGGCAACCACGACGGAUACACCACGUGCACCCCAGAAGACUACGUGGACAUCUUCAAUAGAAUGGGAAUCAAAACGGUUAUACGGUUGAACAAGAAGCAAUAUGAUGCCAGGAAGUUCACCGACAGAAACAUCGAGCACGUCGACCUGUUUUUCGUUGACGGGACCUGUCCCUCCAGAGAAAUAAUUCAAGCGUUUCUACAGGUGGUCGAGAACCGAGAUCAUCCAAUUGCGGUGCACUGUAAGGCCGGCCUCGGCCGAACAGGGACGCUCAUCGGAUGUUACGCUGUCAAAAACUUCAAGUUCCCUGCCGUCGAGUGGAUAGGCUGGAAUAGAUUGUGCAGGCCGGGCAGCAUUCUGGGGCCGCAGCAGCAGUUCCUUACAGAAAUACAGCACGAGCUGCUUCAGAUGACUCGGGAGAAUUCAUUACGUACACGCCGGAUCCAUCCUCCGCAAUCCUCGACAGCAUCUACAAGCUCUUCUACGGGUCAUAAGGAUGAUCUUGCCGAUUGCUUAGCGAAACUCUCUCUGGACAGCCGACGCGUGGCAGAGUACGGAGAUGCCGGACAGGGCGAGCGGCUGCUCGUUGCCAAGCGACAGCAGCAGGCAGGCCUUUUGAGUGCCGCAUCUUCCACGUCAUCGAGUGCCAAUGUCAUAGAGACGGGGUCUCAAAGGAAGAUCCUGCCUCUCCCUCUCCUUCUCUCACGUCCAUUAUCAAGCAACACGACUCCGUUCUGCGAAGUGCGAAAAGGUCAACUUGGCACCAUGGUAAAUCUGGCUCCGAGCAAGUGUGCGUCGACUGUGGCCACACCUGGGGGAGGACAUAACGGCGUUCCUUCAUCAAUUGCAGCCGCUGCCGGACGAGCCCCGAUACGUUCUGGACGUAGUGACCACUGA